AUGAGGUUUUCACGUUCUAAAAGACAACUACAUUACACUGAUCAUAAAAAUGUAUUUCAUGGUUCUAUCUCCAAGGGUGGCGUCACCAAAUCUCAUAGAUUCAGGAAAGCCGUUAAGGGUGGUGUAGAUUUAUCGGGUGGCACCGUAAGAGAUCAUCAAAACUUCAAACGUGAUAUAGCAUAUUUUAUUGGCAAUAAAGACGCACAAAUGUUAUUAAACGUGAUAGCUAAUAGGAGAAAGGUGUGUCUUGAGUUUUUUUUGGAGUACAAGUGUGAUGACAAGGAGUUGUUAGCAAUUUUUUGGGCUGAUGAGACUGCACGAUCAAAUUAUAGGGAAUUUGGCUAUGCAAUCUCAUUUGAUGCAACGUUUAGGACCAAUAAGCAUGCUAUGAUAUUUGUUCCGUUCUUUGCAAUUGACAAUCAUAAGAAAUCUGUCGUUGUUGGAGCUGCAUUGAUUCAUAAUGAAUCUGUAGUUGAUUACACUUGGGUAUUAAAUGCUUUUGUAAAAGCACAUAGACGUCAACCACGUUUCGUUAUCACUAACCAAUGUGCGUUGAUGAAACAAGCAAUUCCCAUUGCAUUUCCUGAAUCCAAGCAUCGAUUGUGUAUGUGGCAUAUCACUAAAAAGGUGAAAUCGAAAGGAUGGUUUACUUGGCAGAUUAGUAAUUACCUCCAACACCGUACACAGUUCGUUAGCGAAUUUAAUAAGUUGGUGUGGAAUGUUCACCUUGGUCCUAAUGAAUUUGAGAUGCAAUGGAACAAUUUGAUCAAUUUUUAUGGAUUACGUGGAGACCCAUGGUUUGAUGAAUUGUAUGAGAUCAAGGAGUCGUGGAUUCCGACUUAUUAUAAGGAUUAUCAGAUGUCCGGCCUAAUGAAAACAACAUCCAAGUCGGAGAGUAUCAAUGCGUUUUUUAACGUUUAUGCACUUUUUUGGCAUGAUCUUGUUGUUUUCCUCCAUUCUUUUGAUAAUGCAAUUGAAAGUCAGGGGGCAACACAUAGGUCGCUAGAGCUGACAACCACGAGCACGAUUCCUCGAUUGGUGUCUCCUUGCAAGUUAGAAGCUCAUGCAGCAGAGGUGUAUACACGAAUGAUAUUUUUCGAAGUUCAGAAAGAGUUGAGGUUGUUUGGCUUUGUGGAUGGGAUGGAUUCACCGACGUUGGUGAAACCAGAGUGUACACCAUAA